UCAAAACGUCAAACACUGUUUAUCAAUCAGUGCAUCAAUUUGAUUGUAUUUCCACAAAAACACGCUAUUUCUUCGCAAAUGAAGCCAAAUUACACUUAAAAUACAAAUAUGGCGUCGAAAGAAGAAACAUUUUGUCGACUGUGUGCAGAACCGACGCCUAUAGACCAGCUUAUUAGCACAGACUGUCCAGUUGGACAAAACUCGAAAAUAGCAAUGAAAAUGUUGUGGAUCAACAUAGAUAUCAAAAAUAACUUACCAACAACAUUGUGUUUUGCUUGUUUCGACUUACUGGAGCGCACUUGGAAGUUCCUACACGAUGUGAGAACAGCGCAAACGAAGUUACACGCAAUAUUUUCUAAGAGCGAAACACCACUAGAGAUCAAGUCGGACGAUGGUGAAGACGUUGGCAAACCAGUCGACAAAGACUGGGAGGAAUUCGAGAAGCCUAAAGUUGAGGUGAAAAACGAGAAUCCUGUCGACAGUGUCCAAAUAAUCACAAUAGAUCCCAAUGCAAUUGUAGAUGUCGACGUGAAUGUGAAAUGUGAAGAAGCUAGCGAUUUUGACUGUAACGACUUAGGUUUUGACUCGGCAGACAGCGAUUUGCCUUUACAACUGGCUGUGAAGCGGAAGAAAAUUAAGAAGAAAUCAAAAAAGAAAAUACUUAAAGAUGAGGUACCGGAAUGUGUUGAUACCGCUCAAAUAAUAUGGGACGCUCCGUUAAAUGUCAACACGUGGGAUGCGCCAAUGACUUGGGAAGAUUACAUGUGCCGAUGCGCCAAUUGCGAUGCCCAGUGUAAGAAUAUCUCGUCCUUAAGGCUACAUUCGCUACAAAUUCAUUCUCAUUGCUGUAACUUCAAGUGCCAAGAUUGUGACAAAGUGCUAACCAAUUUCAGAACUUUUGUAAGCCAUGUACGUACACAUAAGAAGUCACUACGAUACUGCUGUGAGUUUUGUAACAAAAGGUUUGUACGAUCCGUGCACAUAAAAAAGCAUAUAAACAUAGAACACUGCGAUUCUUAUUUAACUAUGUGUGAUUGUGGAGCUGUCUUUAGCACAAUAGAAGAGUUGAAGGACCAUAUGCUUUUAUAUUCUAAAAGAAUAAGAAAGAAAAAAGUGGUCAAACAGGAGAAAAUUGAGUCAGAGUUAAAAUGUGAACAUUGCGGAAAGGAAUUUAAAUCUAAAAGUAAUCUGCUACAGCAUAAAUUGGUGCACACGGAACGGAUCAGAGAAUUUUCCUGUCACGUUUGCGGAAAGAUGUUCUUCACAAAAGGUACGUUGAGUACACACAUGAUGACUCACGAAGACACGAAGCCGUUCAAAUGUGAAUUUUGUCCAAUGGCGUUCCGAGCUCGGGGUAACCUGCAUUCUCAUAUAAGUCUACACUCUGGUGCAAAGCCAUUUGUUUGCGAACAGUGUGGCAAAAGCUUCAGAGUUAAACGUCAUUUAAAAUCUCAUUCGAUCGUUCAUACAGAUCUUAUGCCUUAUGUUUGUGAAUAUUGUAACAAAGCUUUCCGAUUUAAAACGAGGUUAAAUUUACAUCUUCGACAACACACCGGGGCUAAACCGUACAAUUGUUUGUACUGCCAAAGAGAUUUUACGAAUGGCUCUAAUUAUAAGAAACAUAUGAAACGGAGGCACAAUAUUGAUACGUCUAUAAAAAAACGAUACAAUAAUAUUGUAGACGAUCAAAACUCCAUGACUGAAAUCUCUAUUAUUAAUGACCAAAAUAAUGACGAAGUUAAUUGAAAUUAUAUAUUCACAUAACACCUACCUAUAUACACUGCAUUGAUGUGUAAAUAUUUGUAUUUUUAUGUUUAAAAAAAUAGUUCUUGUUUUUCUGUCAUGAUAUUAGACUUACAUUCGAUAUAUUAUCAUUAUGUAAUAUAUUCUUCACAAUAAAAA